AUGAUGCUGACGCGCAGCGCCGCGCUCAUCGGCGUGACAGCGCUGCUGCUCCGGCUCGCCACGGCCCAAGGGCCCUGCUACUACCCCGGCGGCGACCGGAGCGCCGACGUGCCGUGCGACGCAAAGACGGCCGCGAGUGUCUGCUGCGCGUCGGCGGACGCGUGCCUUCCCGACGGCCUCUGCCGUCUCGACGACGACGACGAUGCGGCUCGGGACAUGAUCGGCUAUGCCCAUGGGACGUGCACCGACCCCAGCUGGGCGAGCGACGUCUGCUUCCCGCAGAAUCUACUCGCCCAAGAUAGCCACAGUUCCCGGGCGUCCUCGUUCGUCGCGAGACGCGGGCCGGAGACGACGGCAGCGGCAUCUCCCACGGGCGGGUCCUCCGGCUCCAGCGGCGGGCUGGGCACCGGCGCCAAAGCCGGCAUCGGUAUCGGUGUCGCGCUCGGGAUCGUCGCGCUCGGGGCGGCGGGGUACUUUCAACGACGGGCGAGACUGAAGAGGCGGGCUUCGGGCACCGCGGACGCGGGCGACGAGAAGAGCGGGCAGCACGGCUACGAGAUGGACGAGGCGACGGGCAACGGACACGGUGGGGAAAAGACACCGCCUGUCAUCUGCGAGGGCGGGACGUGUAGUAGGUUACGGAUGGUGGGCGCUUGA